AUGGGAUUCUGGACUCCUGAGUCUUCAGAGUGUUGGAGAUUAAGAGGGAGGUCUGGAAUCUUGGGGUAGGGGGGUAGGGUGCAAGGCUUGGGAGGCCUGAUCCUGGGAUCCUGUAAGAGGACGAAGGGACCCCGACUCUUUCCCCCAAGGAGGGGGUUGCACUGUGGUUAUGGUUGCAGAUUUGGGUCCCAAAGGUCCGGCGUUAGACCUCUCCGGCCGGGACCUGCCCCGCCCUGGGAUUUCCCAGAGCACCACCGGUGCAGGGACCCCGGGCCGGACAGGAAUUCCCCGUGCGCGGGGAUUCCACGGGCGCAGCGCUUCGCUGCGCGCCCCGCCUCCGAGCGGGACACCUGCAGCGCCAGUCCGGAGCGGAACUGGGAGAUGGAAGAUUCCCUUGCGUGAGCGCGGUGACGUCAGCGCGUGGCGUCCCGCCUCAGAGGUUUCCGAGUCAAUCCCCGGCUUGCUUAACCCUUUUUGCCCGGAGUCGAAGCCCAGAAACCUGAGCUGGGGGAUUUUUCUCUUCUUGGGAACCGGACUUCCAGUGAGUCGGACUGAGCGCAGCCACUGCCCAACCCAGACCGUGAAGAAGCUCCUGGAAGAACAGAGACGCCGUCAGCAGCAGCCUGAGGCUGGUGGGGUUCCGGGCCACUUCUCCCCUCCCCUGACUCAGCCGCUGACCCCAUCUGUGAACGAGGCAGAAGCAGGCCACACUCACUUCCCCACCUUCCAAGAGACCGUGGAUUCAGGACCUGGCACCCUGGCUCCCCCUUCAGGCUUUGCAGACUGGGACCCCAGCACCCAUGCUUCUUAUACAGAUAGCUCUUGCCCGUACUCUGCUGCUGAAGGCUUCCUGACUCCUGAUUUCUACCCACCGUCAGACCCAGGGCGCUCAGGCCCAUUUCCCCUGGGGAUGGAGGACUCUCUGGAUACCCGGCUGUAUACAGAACCUUCCCUGUCACAGGUAGGAUCCUGGAGAGUCUCUAGCCUCCCCUCAGGAUCUCCACAGUUGCCUCCAUCCCCUGGACCCUCCCUGGAGACAGCCCGAGCUCACAUAUUGGCUUUGGGGCCGCAACAGCUACUGGCCCAGGAUGAGGAAGGAGACACGUUCUUGCACCUGUUUGCGGCUCGGGGACUGCGCUGGGCAGCGUAUGCUGCAGCAGAGGUAUUACAGAUGUACCGACAGCUGGAUAUUCGUGAGCAUAAAGGCAAGACUCCUCUCCUGGUGGCAGCAGCUGCCAACCAGCCACAGAUUGUGGAAGACCUCCUGAGCCUGGGAGCAGAGGCUAAUGCUACUGACCAUCAAGGCCGUUCUGUCUUGCAUGUGGCUGCCACAUACGGGCUCCCAGGAGUUCUUUCGGCUGUGUUUAAAUCAGGCAUUCACGUGGACCUGGAAGCCAGAGACUUCGAAGGCCUUACCCCCCUCCACACAGCCAUCCUGGCUCUCAAUGCUGCUACGCCCCCACCUAGCGUCUGUCCAAGGAUGCUGAGUUCCCAAGCCCGAGACAGACUGACUUGUGUGCAGAUGUUGCUGCAAAUGGGUGCCAGUCAUACCAGCCAGGAGAUCAAGAGCAACAAGACCAUUCUGCACUUGGCUGUCCAGGCUGCCAACCCUACCCUGGUUCAGCUGCUACUGGGGCUGCCGAGGGGGGACCUGCGGGCCUUUGUCAAUAUGAAGGCCCAUGGGAACACGGCCCUCCACAUGGCGGCUGCCCUGCCCCCUGGGCCGCCCCAGGAGGCCAUUGUGAGGCAUCUGCUGGCAGCUGGAGCAGACCCAACGCUGCGCAACCUGGAGAAUGAGCAGCCUGUUCAUUUGCUGCGACCUGGGCCGGGCCCUGAGGGGCUCCGGCAGCUGUUGAAGAGGAGCCGUGCGGCACCCCCAGGCUUGUCCUCUUAGGACUGAAACCAGAACCUGGACUGAUUUUCCAGUCCCCACCGUCCCGUGGGACAGUCAGCGUAUGCUCAUGUCGCAGAUUCGUGAUAAUAUGUAUGGAAUAUCCUGCCAUUAGGGUCUUACAUUAAAACCCCAAAGUGGCACUGGGGGAGGUGAGCAGUCCCCAAUAUUUGGGGUCAUGUGAUACCUCCUCCCUCUACAAGGGGCUAUCUAGAUGAUUUCUGUGAAAUCGAGCCCACUUGACUGUUUCUGUGAAACACCCCAGAAAUCUUUAACUUUCUCCUACUUGGAUCAGCGGUGAUCACCUCCCUAGACUCAGUCUUACACCCCCAGAAACUCCAACGGAGCCUCCAUGGGGUUUGAGGCAUCCCAGUACCCUCGUAUCAACGCUCCUCCCCAGGAUGUCAGAAAGGCCCUCCGAGAUUGUUGUGCCCUGAGUUCUGGCUGCACUGUCAUUUAGAACUCAAUGUCCCAGACCCCAGCAUCCCCGCGGAAUUGUUCCCCUUGGUCUGUGUGUUACUGGAGCUCCCAAUUAAACUCCAUUUGGCCUCA